AUGAGUACAGCAAGAUCAUCACAAUCCUCCCGAAAAGUUAUCAAUGAUAACCCCGUUCUCAAAUUAGGUCCAAAUCAUGUGUACGGAAAGAAAGUAAAACCUGAUCCUGAAGGAGCUCUAAAGGUGGUCUUGUCCUGGCAAGAAUUUCACCCAAAUUCACCUUCGGAACCUCCAGAACGAGACUUUAAAAAACUGAACAAGCUCUGUAUUAAGGAACGACAGCUUUCGGGAUCCCAAAUUUCAACGUUCCGAAAAUCGCAUCAAGAUUUAACGCUCAUGCAAGGCAAGAGCAAUGAAACGAGCGGUGCCGACCUACCCUCUGAUAAGGAUCCAAAUUUUACAUACGGACAUAAGAAUGUAUUUGAUCAAAAAGCAAAGGACCUCAUGGAGCACAGAUUCGCACAAGAAUGGCUCAAGGAGAGAGAAGAAAAGGUACGAGAGCAAGAAGCAGAAAAAAAUAAGGAAUUUCUUUCAUCGGUCAAUACUAAGGCCAAGUUGGACAUUAUGAAAAAGCGAAUGGAAUCACAAUCCAAACUCAAGCCACCAGAAGAAAAGGAAGACUUCAAACUUUCACGAUUUAAGAGAGUAUCAUCUCGAGUGGAUACAAGAAGACCAGUGAGUUCAAGGGAAUCACAGCAACAUAGAGAUGUCAACCAUUAG